AUCUUUUGCACUUCGCUUUAGUUUAGUUCAAUUUGCUUCUUGUUCGUGGCUUUCACACGUGCGGUCGGUCUGGUCUCUCUUCCUCUGUCUUCUUCAUUGUUAGUCUAAUUUCUGCAGUGUUUGGUUGCCCAGAAAACGUAGAAAAGACACAAGCAAAAUCAAAGCUUUGAAUCGUUUUUUUUUUUUCUCAGAACCUUACAAGUUAUGGAUAAUUUUUUUACCUGACAGUCUGCAUUGCAAAGAUAAGCCAUGAAAAACAAAAAUCUCACAAAUGGCGAGAUUGGCAAGAAAGGUGUGGAGGAGAUUGCAACUAACAAAGUCACACUGGGGGAUUUGAUAUGGGUCAAGCAUGAUGGUGGUUCAUGGUGGCCUGCACAGAUUAUUGAUGAGAACAGGGGGAGCAUUAAACCUGGAGAUAAGUCAGCUGGGAAAGUUCGUGUUAGGCUCUACGGAAGCAAUGAAUACUUGUACGUGGAUCCUGUAAAAUGUCAUUCGAAGUUUGAGCUGGAACUCAAACAGAAUAAUGGUUCUUAUAGUAAAAUUUUGGAGAAAUCCCUAGAGAAGGAUCUUCCUCACUCAAAACCAAGUAGAUCAAAGAGACAAGGGGCCAAAUCUAAAGAUGACGAAGCCCCUGAGAAAGAAAGAAAACAGAAGAGACCCAAGCAAAGUAGCAAAAGUGCUGAUAAUGGCGGUAGCAAAAGUGCUGAUAAUGGCGAGACAAAUAGCCCAAGCUCUGACACAACUUUAUUUGGAAAGUCUCCAGAGCUCAGUGCCCGAAAACUGAAAGUCAUGCAAAGUCUUGGUCUGAUUGCUCCUUCUGGGUCACCAUUCCACAAAAUGGACACACUUAUCUGAGUUUGUGAUAAUAGUUGGUACUGAUCCAUUAUUUUUGUGAAAAUUUAGUGCUUUUAUAUUGUACAGCCUAAAUCUCUAUUUGCUUACAAGGUCAUUGACACUUCAAUCCUUUGCUUAAUUUGCUCGGCCAAUGCAAGUUUUUGAUGGAAGCUUAGCUGUGGUGACAGUCAUGGCAACAAUCCUAAACUUAGAAGGAAAAAAAAAAAAGUUCUCUCUCUGGUGGUUAGCA